CGUUUACAACAAUAUUAAACACUAUGUAAUUUGAUGAGGUGAUGAACCCUUGCGUGCAAGCUGGCGAGUUGUAUAAAGGUAUAAAAAGAGGCAUAUGUGCACAACUGGAAUCACAACGAGUUUAGCACUUGUACUUGACAUGUGGGAUGCUUGCAUUGUACUGUACCUUUUGACUACCCACUGGCUUGCUAUUGAAGCGGGUUACGAAUAUGGUUAUCCAGAAAAGUGUGUUAGCAGACGGCUCAUCAAUCGUUAUCAUUUGAACGAAGAAAUCUAUGGACAGGGAAGUUGCGUCGGUAAAAAUGCAAAUCAAUUACGCCAAAAACGACGUGUUGACCCCACAUUCCAUGGCAAUCCAAAGCCACGAGGAGAGCAAUUGGCCAAUAAGUUUCACAUAAACUCUUACAACUUUGAUCAGACUUACUCUUUGGUGGGACUGGUUAACAAAAUUGCAUUAGAGUACCUAAAUAAAUGCCCGCCGGUCAUAUAUUAUGACAGUUUUGUGGAAAAAUCCGAUGGACUGAUUCUUGAAAAUUUGUUUAAGACUAUACCUAUUACUUUUUACCAUGGCGAAAUUAAUGGUGACUAUGAAGCUAAAAAUCCCCGUUUUACAAGCCAUAUUGAUAGCAAUUGCAAAAGUUACAUUCUGUUCCUUUCGGACCCUCUGAUGACGCGAAAGAUUCUCGGUCCUCAAACGGAAAGUCGUGUGGUGCUUGUCUCAAGAUCCACACAAUGGAGACUCCGAGAUUUUUUAUCAUCGGAACUAUCCUCAAACAUAGUAAAUUUACUCGUUAUCGGAGAGUCACUAAUGGCUGACCCAAUGCGCGAGCGCCCAUACGUUCUCUACACCCACAAGCUUUACGCAGAUGGCCUUGGCUCGAAUACUCCCUUAGUGCUCACCAGCUGGAUAAAGGGCGCUCUGUCGCGACCGCAUAUCAAUCUUUUUCCACCAAAGUUUCAAUUUGGUUUUGCGGGCCACAGGUUUCAAAUUUCGGCAGCCAAUCAGCCGCCAUUUAUCUUCCGCAUUCGGACUUUGGAUUCCUCUGGAAUGGGCCAGUUGCGCUGGGACGGAAUAGAAUUCCGACUGCUGGAAAUGAUAUCGAAGCGAUUGAACUUUUCGGUGGACAUCACUGACAUCACAUCAACGCAGGCCCUUACGCGCGGAGUUGUCGAUACCAUCCAAAAACAGAUUGUGGAGAGGACAGUAGACAUAGGGAUGUCCGGUAUUUACAUCACAGAAGAGCGACUGCGGAAAUCGGACAUGUCGGUGGGACACUCUCGAGAUUGUGCCGCCUUUAUUACACUGGCCUCGAAGGCACUGCCCAAGUACAGAGCUAUUAUGGGUCCAUUCCAGUGGCCCGUCUGGGUGGCUCUGAUUUGCGUGUAUCUGGGAGGGAUAUUUCCGAUCGUUUUCACUGACCGUUUGACACUUAGCCAUUUGAUGGGUAACUGGGGAGAGGUAGAGAACAUGUUUUGGUAUGUGUUUGGCAUGUUCACAAACGCUUUUACCUUCACCGGAAAAUAUUCGUGGAGCAACACGCAAAAAAUUUCCACGCGCCUUCUGAUUGGAGCUUAUUGGCUCUUUACAAUUAUUAUUACAUCAUGCUACACAGGUUCGAUUAUUGCAUUCGUAACGUUGCCAGCGUUUCCCGACACCGUGGACUCUGUACUGGACUUGCUGGGCUUGUUCUUUCGCGUAGGAACACUGAACAAUGGUGGCUGGGAGACCUGGUUCCAGAACUCGACCCACAUUCCGACGUCUAGGCUAUACAAGAAAAUGGAGUUUGUCGGAACACUAGAAGAGGGCAUCGGCAACGUUACACAAAGCUUCUUUUGGAACUACGCCUUUUUGGGUUCUAAGGCUCAGCUUGAGUACCUGGUGCAGUCAAAUUUUUCAGAUGAAAAUAUUUCGCGACGAUCAGCGCUUCAUUUGAGUGAAGAGUGUUUUGCCCUUUUUCAAAUAGGCUUUCUCUUUCCCCAAGAGUCCGUGUAUAAGCGCAAGAUCGACUCGAUGAUCCUGCUGUCCCAGCAAAGCGGUCUUAUUGCUAAAAUCAAUAACGAGGUUAGCUGGGUUAUGCAACGUUCGUCAUCAGGUCGCCUUUUGCAGGCCAGUUCUUCGAAUUCACUGCGAGAAAUAAUCCAGGAGGAGCGCCAACUAACCACGGCGGACACAGAAGGCAUGUUCCUGCUCUUGGCGCUUGGUUACUUCCUGGGCGCCACUGCUUUAGUGUCCGAAAUCGUGGGCGGCAUUACAAACAAAUGUCGUCAAAUAAUCAAGCGCUCUCGGAAGUCGGCGACCAGCUCUUGGUCCUCCCGCCACAGCUCGGCGGCAAGUGGGAUGGCACAGCGAACGCAGGCCGAGCAAUUGGCGCAUGAUGAACGUAAAGCGACUAGACGCGAAACCGCUGAGGAUGCCCAGAAAAUGAGUUUUGGAAUGCGGGAGUUCAAUCUCACCCGCACAACGCUCCGCGAGUUGUACGGAAGCAGGGCUGAUCAGUGCUCUGGCCGGCAGGUUGCCGACCAUGCACAGUUGGGUUCCAACGUCGAAAAAUACAAUUACUUAGAAAACGAAGAGCCCCGGGAAGCAAUUAUAUCUCUGGAGCGCUUAGACGACUUCAUGGCCCAAUUCGAAAGUGAUCCUUUACAGGAAUACAGUCCCGACGAAUUGUUUGGGCCUAACCCGGAACACGGGGCAAAGCCUGAAAAUAAUUAAGAAUAUCAUGACAAAUUUGUUAAAAUAUUACAGAUCAUAUAAGAAAGGAAACGGUGAAAAUUUAAGCCCAGUUUAGCUUCUAUUACCGUCAUAAAAUUUACAUAUUUCAAUUUGGGAAAAAACCGAAAACAAACGCACACAAAAUAAAAUCAAA